AUGGAGUCAAAAGAUGCUCCAGACGCAGCCGCUUCUACCCUGGGGCCAAAAGACGCUUCUGUCUAUGCCCAGGAUGGAGCGACCACGGAGAAGAGCCCACCAACGUUUGAGAAGGGCCCGAGAUUUUGGGCCAUCAUUGUUAUGCUCUCUCUCAUCAGCCUUUUGACGUCUACGGAAGCUACAAUCACCUCAACGGUGAUGCCAUCACUUGUUGCUGAUCUGAACGGCGGCGAGAACUUCAUCUGGGUUUCCAACGCAUACUUCCUGACCAUGACGUCUCUGAUGCCCAUGUAUGGCCAGCUUGCAAACGUUUUUGGUCGCCGCUGGCCCCUGAUAAUAGCCGGGCUCAUGUUUAUGCUUGGGAGUGGUAUUUGCGGCGGAGCCCAGAACAUGGCCACCAUGAUCGCCGGUCGAGCCAUACAGGGGAUCGGAGCCGGAGGCAUCGGCGUCCUCUGCGAGAUCAUCAUCUGCGACCUGGUGCCGCUCCGUGAGAGAGGAACCUAUAUGGGUGCCGUGUUCGGCAUGGUGGGCAUUGGAGCCUCUCUCGGUCCUUUUUUUGGCGGACUGCUCGUCAGCUACAGCACCUGGCGCUGGGCUUUCUACAUGAGUGUGCCCAUUGGCGGUGUUGCCGUCGUGCUGCUGUUCUUCUUCUUGCGAGUCAAAUACGACAAGUCUCAGACGUGGGCCACCAAGUUCUCGAGCCUCGACUGGAUGGGUAACGCGCUCUUUGUCAGCGGCACCGUCCCCGUGCUGAUUGCGCUUGGCUGGGCAGGAGGGCAACACCCGUGGUCCUCGUAUCAAGUACUGGUGCCGUUGAUCGUUGGCAUCGCCACAAUGGGAGCCUUCGUCGUGCUUGAAGGAAAUGCACGUCUCACGCCCAAUCCCAUCAUGCCGCUGCACCUCUUUGGCAAUUCCAUCAGCUCCAUUGUCUUUCUGCUCACCUUCCUCCACGGCAUCGUCACCAUGUGGGCACUCUACUUUCUCCCGGUGUACUUCCAGGGCGCUUUAGCAAAGACGGCCUACCAGGCUGGCAUCGAUCUUCUCCCUACCAUCCUCGCACUUCUUCCGGGCGCCAUCAUUGGUGGAUUACUUCUCAGUAAGUUCGGUAAGUAUAAGCCCAUUCUCCUCGUCUGUUUCACCUUAAUCGUCGUCGGGUUCGGCCUCUUCACACUUCUAGAUGAGAACUCGAGCAUGGGCGCCUGGGUAGGCUUUCAGGUGCUCGAGUCCUUCGGCGCAGGGUUUGGCAUGGGAGCGAUGCUCCCAGCGCUACUAGCCCCGCUGACGGACAAGGACACGGCGCUGGCAACGGCGACGUGGGGUUUUAUGCGUAGUUUCGGCAUCAUGUGGGGAGUCGCCAUCGCCGGCACUAUCUAUACUAGCCGGGCUUCGGAGCUCGCGGGUGACGGAGCUAUUAGCAGCAGUGCAGCGAUAGCUGCGGACUUCGAAGGCGGCGGCGCAUACGGGGCAGCCCAGAAGCACUUUCUCGACUUGCUAUCGGCAGAGACGCGCGCUGAGGUCAUUCAUGUGCAGAGUACGGCGCUCCAGCGGUCUUGGCAGGCUGCCAUUGCCUUCGGGGCGGUGGGAAUUCUCGCUGUUGCUACCAUGAAGCAGAUUCCGCUCAGAAGUGACAAUAACACCGAUUUUGGCAUGGAAGAUAGGAAGAAGGACAAGCCUAUCGAGGAGGAGGCAAAGCCCAGCGACAGUGAGACAAACCCCCAAAGAGGACAAGCCAAAAGGUACACAGGCGUAAGGGGUGGUAUCCGAUAG